AUGUCCUCAACAACCCCUGAACAGCUGAAGUCCCUCCAACUGGAAGUUCUCACCCUCAAAGCCGACUACGACAGAUUAUCCGCGGACUACCACCAGUACGCUAUCCUAUUCUCCAACCCCUUACGUACCGUAACCCUCAACACGCGCAAUGGCGAGGUCGUCAUUUUCGACGCCGAGGAGCAUGAGGCCCUGCAGCGUAGAAAGAGCCGUCUCCUUCAGUGGAUGAAGGACAUAGAGCAGUUGAUUCAGAAUAGAGGAAAGAUUAUCAACAACGUUAUCGUCUUAUCUAGCUGA